AUGGAUAGUAGGCCGGACGAGAAAGCACCGAGGGAAGCAUCAUCGGAUGUUCAGGUAGAAGAGUCAGAGGAGCCGAUUGUAUCGUUCAAGGAACUAGGAGUUAUUGAUCCUAUUUGCGAGGCUUGUGAGAAGCUUCAUUUUUCGCGUCCAACACCAAUUCAGACCAAGGCCAUUCCGGAAGCAUUGCAGGGCCGUGACGUGAUUGGCCUGGCGCAGACAGGCAGUGGUAAAACGGCGGCCUUUGGCAUCCCGAUUCUCCAGGGAUUGUGGAAUGACCCGCGUCCAUUUUAUGCAUGUAUUUUGUCGCCAACGCGAGAAUUAUCGUACCAGAUAUCGCAACAAAUCGAAGCGCUGGGCGCCACGAUCGGCGUGCGGUGCGCCACGAUUGUAGGUGGUAUGGAUAUGAUGACUCAGGCUAUUGCUUUGUCCAAGCGCCCGCAUGUGAUCGUAGCGACACCUGGACGUUUGCAGGACCACUUGGAAAAUACCAAGGGCUUCAGUUUGCGUACCCUCAAAUACCUCGUGCUGGACGAAGCUGACCGUUUACUGGAUCUUGAUUUUGGUCCUGUGAUUGAUAAAUUACUCCAAAACAUUCCCAAAGAGCGCCGUACUAUGUUGUUCAGUGCGACUAUGACUACGAAAGUGGCCAAAUUGCAGCGUGCAAGUCUGCGGAGCCCUGUGCGAGUGGAAAUUGGAAGCAAGUACUCGACAGCGUCAACACUGCAUCAGUAUUAUUUGUUCAUGCCAUUCGCGCACAAGGAUACCUAUCUUGUUCACCUGGCCAAUGAGCAAGCCGGACACUCAAUUAUUGUAUUCACACGUACUGUACACGAUGCCCAGCGUCUGGCAGUGUUGCUGCGUCUGCUGGGCUUCUCUGCCAUUCCGUUGCAUGGACAGCUUUCACAAACAGCCCGUUUGGGUGCUCUAAACAAAUUCAAGGCUGGUGGUCGCUCAAUUAUGGUGUGCACCGAUGUUGCGGCGCGUGGCUUGGAUAUUCCCGCCGUGGACAUGGUCGUCAACUUUGAUAUUCCUACACAUUCUAAAGACUAUAUUCAUCGCGUAGGUCGAACUGCACGCGCGGGACGUCAGGGACGCAGCGUUACGCUUGUGACGCAGUAUGAUGUGGAGCUGCUCCAGCGCAUCGAAGCGGCCAUCGGCAAGAGACUGGAAGAGUUCCCUGAAGCUAAUGAUCGUGAGAUGGUCAUGCUCUUGUCCGAACGCGUCGGUGAGGCGCAGCGUGCGGCACUUCGCGAGUUACAAGAAAAGGGACUGGGCAGCGCAAGUGGUGCAGGACGCCGAAAGCGCAAACAGGCUGCAGGACUGGAUGAUGAUCGCGAUCGCGACGAUGAUGUGAUGGAAGCAGGCGCGUAUCGAAGCAAAAAGGGUCACAAGAGGCGGUGA